GAGGAAGAAGGGAAAAGAAAACUGGGGAAGGAAAUUUCACAAAACAAACAGAAGUUAGAUCUUGAAAAUGCCAAAUGCAAAGUAAAAUAAUAAAAAUAUAAAAAGGAAUCAUUUGCAUUCUUUAAGUCACCUAAGUAUACUCCCAUCUGCCACAAAUUGAAUUUACUUAUCUCUGGCUUCCCUCUAUCCUCUUAACCCAGUAGGACACCCUCUAUCUCCUACCUACAGUUAUCACCAAGAAGGGGCCCCCUCAUCUAACAGUUCACAGACUUGCUGUCAAGACCAGGACCUUUAAAGACCUAACUACACCAGUGAAUCUGAGGUCUGAAGCAGGCAGCUCCUGCCUUUUGAUCCAUACUGAAAGCUUGUGACCCACCUAUCCACCUGCUACCUCAAUCUUUGUCCAACUGAUCAUAAGUGUAACACACCCUAAAUCAGAAAAAUAUCUCCUCAUGCUCAUUUAUGAUCGAGAGCCUACCCGAUCCUGAGGGGAGAAUCUUGGGGCCCACUAAGUUCAUAAAGACCUUGUAGAAUAGACAGAUCUCAAAGAGGAAACAGAUAGCUUCAUCAGAGAUGUCAACUCCUCUGAAUAGAUACAUACUUAAUUGAAAUUGCACGAACUAUGUUAGGAGGCAUAGAUUUUUCUGGCGGUCUCAAAUCCCAUGGAAGAGCUCUUCCACUACCCCUGCUUAGGACAUGGAUGGCAUUAAUGGGAUUGGAAACAUAGAUUUCCCUCUAGGAGAUACAGACUUCACUAACCUUGAUGAGAGGGCUCAAUCCUCACUGAAGGAACAGACAACACUCGGGUGACAGAUCUCAUUUAGUGGAGACAAACUCACUCAUGGGAGUAGGAGAUCACGGAAACAAUGCUCCCUACAGAUCCCACUAAUAAGAUAAGAACCUCUCCUUGGGGAAGAUGGCAUUUUGCCUAUAGGCCUGAAGAGCAUCAUCAUCUCUUAUUCUCACCUCCAGGGCUCAGUUGUAACCCGCACUCUUUCCUAAGCCUUUCUCCUGCAGCUGUUCGCUAUCUACUGCUGCCUUCUGCUGUCUAUAAGUGGCACUGCAGCUCCUGGUGUCCGUAGUAAAUACUAGAACAGCUCAAGUCACAUUGAGCCUGGAGCUAGGGAUUGGGAAAGAAAGGAUUAUUGUGUAUCCACGGCGUCACCAGCCUUAUCUCUCUGCCUGUGGGCUGAACAGUAGACGUUUGAACUCGUAAUUUUCAUUCUUGAAGCUAGGGUAGCAGUUGCAAGAUGGGCUUGGCAGGCACCUUGAGUGCAGGCAUGUGUUCUCAUUCUUAAUAUUCCCUUUCUUUUUCUUCCUUCUCUUUCCUUUUUUUUCUCCUGAUGCUGGAGGUCAGACCUUCACACAGGCAAGCAUUCUACCAGAGAGCUACUUCCUAAGCCCCUGAUCUUACACCUUUAUUCUUUCCAUCCACCCUUCUGCUCUGCCACACCGUCAGGACUUCUAUUACCUUAGUUCCAGAACCACAUCAAGAGCUCUUAAAAUGCAGAAGACCAUUAAGGUUCCAAAGAUCGUGUCCUGGUCUACUGAAUUCGUUUCCUGGAGUGGAACCCAAGGGUUUGCUUCUAAAGAUCCUAAAGUUGGGGUAAGGGACCGUCUUCCAUGCUGACACAUCAGGGUGGUUCCAGGAGUUUGGGUUUAAAAGAGAAAUGUGGGAAAUGCCAGGACGCAUAAAAGGAUGUGAGAUUGAAAGAGGGGCUCAAGAGAAGACUGCAGAUGAAAAAGCAGUCGGGAUGGAGUAGGGGUUGGCGCUUUGAAAGGACUCUAGGAGGUAAGGUGAAGUCAAAGUCGUAAGUCUGGGGUGAGUAGUCUGAGCUGGGUGGGAGCGCUAGUCUGAGAUCAGAGGAAGAGAAUCUUGGUGCCAACAGAGAGGUUUGGGUCCAAGAAAGAGAGUGGUUCAGAAAAAAAAAGAUCUGGAGUCAAAGUGGAGUUUGCGACCAGAAGUCAGUCUGUGGUCCUAGUAGCAUAUGGGAUUUGAGCGGAACUCAGACUGGAAGAAGGAAAGACCAGGGAUUGCAUGAGGAGCCCAGAGUAGCAUCCUCUUCCCGGCCAACCUUCCACUGCCCUCCGGGCUCCCAUCCUCCUGCACCAGCGCGCAGCCUGCUAGCAGUAGUCUUUAAGCAGGCGGGGGCGAGUCAGACCAGGACACUGCUGAGGGUGGGGGCGCCCCCUCCCGGCUGUCCAGGAGCUCAGACCCCGCCCUCCGCCCUCGCACACCCCCCCCCUUCCACUGCCACUUCCGGCAGGCGCUGCGCUGCUGGGGGUUAGGGCGAGGAUGGCGGCAGAGAACGAGGCUAGCCAGGAGAGUGCCCUAGGCGCCUACUCACCGGUGGACUACAUGAGCAUCACCAGCUUCCCGCGGCUGCCCGAGGACGAGCCAGCGCCUGCGGCUCCACUGAGGGGCCGCAAGGACGAGGACGCCUUCCUGGGAGACCCGGAUACCGACCCGGACUCCUUCCUGAAGUCCGCCCGGCUACAGCGGCUGCCUUCGUCCUCCUCCGAGAUGGGCAGCCAGGACGGGUCACCACUACGGGAGACACGCAAGGACCCAUUCUCAGCUGCAGCGGCCGAGUGUUCCUGCCGCCAGGACGGGCUCACAGUCAUUGUCACCGCCUGCCUCACUUUUGCCACGGGUGUGACCGUGGCGCUGGUCAUGCAGAUCUACUUCGGGGACCCCCAGAUCUUCCAGCAGGGUGCUGUGGUGACGGAUGCCUCCCGUUGCACGGCGCUGGGCAUGGAGGUGCUCAGUAAACAAGGCUCUUCCGUGGAUGCAGCUGUGGCCGCAGCCUUGUGUCUGGGGAUCGUGGCUCCACACAGUUCUGGCCUGGGAGGUGGGGGUGUGAUGCUGGUACAUGAUAUCCGGCGGAACGAGAGCCACCUCAUUGAUUUCCGGGAGUCUGCACCAGGGGCCCUCAGGGAAGAGGCCCUGCAGAGGUCCUGGGAUACCAAGCCUGGGCUCUUGGUGGGGGUCCCCGGAAUGGUGAAAGGGCUACAUGAAGCUCAUCAGCUCUAUGGCAGGCUGCCCUGGUCCCAAGUCCUGGCCUUCGCAGCAGCUGUGGCCCAAGAUGGCUUCAACGUGACCCAUGAUCUAGCCCAUGCCUUGGCCGAGCAGCUGCCUCCCAACGCAUCCGAACGUUUCCUGGAGACUUUCCUGCCAUCGGGCCACCCACCUUUGCCUGGCUCCCUGCUGCGACGGCCUGAUCUAGCCGAAGUACUGGAUAUACUUGCCAUCUCUGGCCCUGCCGCCUUCUACAAUGGCGGCAACCUCACGUUAGAGAUGGUGGUCGAGGCUCAGCAUGCAGGGGGUGUCAUCACUGAAGAGGACUUUAGCAACUAUAGCGCCCUCAUGGAGAAGCCUGUGUGUGGAGUGUACCGAGGCCACCUGGUUCUCAGUCCCCCACCCCCACACACAGGCCCUGCCCUCAUCAGCGCUCUCAACAUCCUAGAGGGCUUCAACCUUACCAGCCUGGUGUCCCGUGAGCAGGCGCUUCACUGGGUAGCGGAGACCCUGAAGAUUGCAUUGGCCCUGGCUAGCAGACUGGGAGAUCCUGUCUAUGAUUCUACCAUCACCGAGAGCAUGGAUGACAUGCUCAGCAAGGUGGAGGCUGCCAACUUCCGGGGCCACAUCAGUGACUCUCAGGCAGCCCCUGCCCCACUCCUGCCUGUCUAUGAGCUGGAUGGGGCUCCCACAGCUGCCCAGGUGCUGAUCAUGGGCCCUGAUGACUUCAUUGUGGCCAUGGUCAGCUCCCUGAACCGGCCUUUUGGUAGUGGCCUCAUCACUCCCUCUGGGAUCCUACUCAACAGCCAGAUGCUGGACUUCUCCUGGCCCAACAGGACAGCUAACCAUUCUGCACCCAGCCUGGAGAACUCGGUACAGCCAGGGAAGCGGCCCCUCUCUUUCCUGCUGCCCACUGUAGUCCGACCGGCAGAGGGCCUCUGCGGGACCUACCUCGCUCUGGGGGCCAACGGAGCCGCCCGAGGCCUCAGUGGCCUGACCCAGGUUCUCCUGAAUGUCCUGACGUUGAACCGGAACCUGAGUGACAGCCUGGCCCGAGGACGCCUCCACCCGGACCUGCAGUCCAACCUCCUGCAGGUGGACAGUGAGUUCACCGAGGAAGAGAUUGAGUUCCUGGAAGCCAGGGGUCACCAUGUGGAGAAGGUAGAUGUCUUAUCCUGGGUCCACGGCAGUCGGAGAACCAACAACUUCAUCAUCGGUGUAAAGGACCCUCGAAGCCCAGAUGCAGCCGGAGCCACCAUCCUGUAGAGCAUUGGGGUGGGCGGGAUCUCUGCUCCCCGCCUUUGCAUGUUCCCAGAGUCCCUCUUUCUCCCAGGUUUGGUCUCAGGGGGACCCCACGGAUGCCUCAGAUCAGGGGCCAGAGGGGAUGCUUAGCAAACCCUAUCCCAGAGUAACUGGAAAAUUCUCCACCUGGAGGCUUUUGGUGGUAAUGGUGACGUCAGUGUCCACAACCAGGCAGGCAGGACCUUGAGGAGUCAGACUGUCUGUCUGUUUCUUCUCCUCUCACAGCCAUGCUGCCCUUGAGCUUAGGGAUGUGCUUGCAAACCCUUCUCAAGGGUCUCACAACCCCGACACCUUCAGACUGGUCUGACCUAGGCCUUGUCUUCCAGCUCCUGUACCUGGCCCCAUUUCUUAAGUGACUAGGAUUUUUUAAAAUAGGCCAUCAUAGGGAGAGGUCAUCGUCCCCUUCCACCAGGUUGAGGCAGGGGCCUUGCAUUUGAAGGUUCCAAGGCAGUCGGGUAAGGGGAGGGGUGGGUAUCAGCUCAGGGGCUUCCAUUUGCAAAAGGGAAUUAAAGAAAGAAUAUUGCUUAACCAUGACUCUGGCUUGAUCUCUGUCUAACUGAUGUGGUGAUUGCUUUCUCAUUGCUUUGAUAGAACACCUGACAAGUGUGUUCUAUCACAACUUAAGGCAGAAAGGAUUUCAUUUGGCUCUCAGUUUGAGGGAAUCUCAUCCCUCAGGCAGGGGCAGCAUGACGACACAACAGCUCUGAGCUAUGGCAGGGAAACUUGCUUACACCUGGGUAGACCAGAAAGCAGAGACAACACUGGAAUGAAGGGGCCAGUAAUUAAACCUCAAGCCUUAUUCUCCAGAGAUCCUCUUCCUCCA